AAGGGACUCUCCCUCGAUCCUUCUCGAUCUUUUCUCUCCACCGCUUAAUCCGUCCUCCUUUUCAUCUUCUUCUUCUUCUCCCUCCCCACUUCCUCUUCUUCCCUCCUCCCCAUUCUUUUGACCCCCGCUUAGAUUCAGACGAGACGUCUUCACCUCCGCCCGCCCGCCGCUCCCUCCCUCCCCUCCCCCCUUUUCUGGCUCCGCUCUACGAUGCCAUCAAUCCUUCCCCGGAUUGAUCUGUUCUUGUUCUCCCCCCCGCAAUGACUCUCCCCGGUUGCUCGCGAUGGCGCCUGAGACAAAAUUUUCUGCUUUACCUUUUCUACUGCGCCGGCUUCUUCUGUCUCUUCGGCAUCAUCUCCAUCUGGUUUGGCAUGAACACGGACCGCGACUAUGUUCACCCGUUAUUGACCCAAUUGAUCCCGGCUGGUCACUGCGCCUGCCAGACCUCGACCACAUUCCAAUGCUCCACCUGUCUCUCCUGCCCCGAGCAGUCCCCCGCGCAUCUCCCGCCCCCCGGCGCGCCCUCUCCAUGGCAGUUCCAGUCGACGCGUGACGCCAACAACGAAAGCCUUGAUGCCGACCAGUGCCAGACCGCCUUCCCCGGUCUCUUCGAGGAUGUGUCCCGCGCAGGUGUCUACUGGCGCGCCCACGGAUACUUAGGGACGGAGGACUUGGAUCGCAUCCCGCUGGAAUUGGGCAUGGCCCGAGCCUUCAUCCACCGCGGCGAACUCCACGUGGUCGCCGUACACUCCAAGGGAGAGGACCACCGUCGCAAGAUCCUGGCGGUGUUGAGCUCCAUCCAUCGCGCGCUGGUCGCCGAUGCUCGUCGGGCCGCCCGGCGCGAUAUUGAGUUUGUCUUCUCCGUCGAAGACAAGGUGGAGGACGUCACCAGUUCGGACAACCCCGUCUGGGUGCUGGCGCGGUCCGCGACCGAGGAGGCCGUCUGGCUGAUGCCGGACUUUGGCUUCUGGGCCUGGGAUAACACCCAAAAUUCGAUCGGGCCGUUCGACCAGGUGGUGGAGCGCGUGAAGCGUGCUGAUAUCCCUUGGUCGGAGAAGAAGCAGCAGCUGGUCUGGCGGGGGAAACCGAGUUUCGCCCCCAAGUUACGGCGCGCCCUGAUGGAUGCCACGCGGGGAAAGUCGUGGGGCGACGUCAAACAGGUCGAUUGGACAGACGGCACGAAUAUCAUGCGCAUGGAGGACCACUGCCAGUAUAUGUUCAUUGCCCAUGUAGAAGGUCGCUCCUAUUCAGCAUCCCUCAAGUAUCGCCAAGCGUGCAACUCCGUCAUCGUGGCCCACAAACUGCAGUACAUCCAGCAUCACCACUACCUUCUCGUACCGGACGGUCCCCAUCAAAACUACAUCGAAGUGGAACGCGACUUCAACGACCUGUCGGCUAAGAUGGAACCGCUGCUGCGCGACACCAAGGCGGCACAACGCAUCGCAGAUAACAGCGUGCGGACAUUCCGCGAGCGAUACCUGACCAAGGCAGCCGAGGCAUGCUACUGGCGAGCUCUCUUCGACGGAUACGAACAGGUGUGGAACAGCAGUGUGACGGUAUGGUCCGAACAACAACAACGGGAGCGCGGUCUGCGAUACGAAUCCUUCAUCCUGUUGGAUAGCCAGUCGAUGUUGAAUUUCGAAACGAUGUGACGAGACUGACCCGGACAGACGGAUUGACGGACUGAUUUGCGAUUAUUGGCUUGCAUCCCGGAGUUGACGGUGUCGGGACCCUAUCCUUGUACAGGUUUUUGACAGGUCCCGGGGAACCUCCCUUUCCUUUGGACCGGUUCAUCGAUACCACGAGAGCGUGUGUUUUCUUUUCUUUCCUUCUUUUUUGGGAUUUGUAUAGUAUAGAGACUCUGAUUACUAGAGUGGCCGUCCCUUUAUUAGUAUAUAUACCGGCCUAUCAUACAUAAUUUAACUAUAAUCCCGCUGAGAUUGCGGGCUGCAC